ACAAAUUUUGUUAUCCACUGAUAUAUUAUUGAGGAUUUUUUUUUUUUGGGUGGUUGUUUGGUACUAUAAAAGCAAUGACUAGUACCGGUAACAAGAAACCACGCACCCGAUAUAACCACUCCCAUUUUGAAACGCCAUUUCAAAACCCGAGUAACGGCCACCGACUUUUCGGUCCUCAACCGAAACAGAAUUAGAGAGUUCAACCGUAAAAAACGGGCGUAGGUAUAUCCAUUAGGUACUAACGCAUCCGAACCCCUCAACACUAGCGACAUUCGUACUAGGACCUUAAACUUCAAUUAUUGUUCAUCGAAGUCCCCUCAACUUCUCAACCACUAUCAUUUCCAAAUCUAAUUCACACUUUAUCAGUUAAAAAAAUAAUUAAACCCACUUGAUUUUAUAGAAUCAUCAGUCAUUUGAGCAAAAUCACUUUUAAUUUCACAAAUUAAAAGAAUAUUUAUAAAAAAAAAAACCCAAAGUUGAGGGGACAAUUUUGAAAACGCAAUAAUUGAGAGGUCUACGUACAAUUGUACCAAAAGAUCGAGCGAGAGAGAGAGACCACGCGGUUUAGGGGGGUGGGGGGGAUCGAGUGGUUUCAUUGGUGAGCGGUUUUAUUAAUAUACGAACGGUUCAUGCCACCCACAGCCCCAACGAUCACGCCAAAAAGCCGAAACGGUUGUUGGUGUUGUUGGAUGCAAACGCAAAACUUUCCCCUUAACGUCCCCCAAACCGCUUCAGAACAAACCCCCCAAUGAAACGACCCAAAAACCCCCCACUUAUUUAUAACAAACCAGGAAGGAAAUCAUAGAGGAUGAACAAGAAGAGGGAGAGGGGAAAAAAAAGGUUAUUUUUAUUACCAAAAUGGUCGCGGAGGAGAGGCAGCAGCAGCAGAGGAUUAAAGGUUCGUGGAGCCCCGAAGAAGACGCGAUGCUGACACAGCUGGUGAAGGAUCACGGGGCGAGGAAUUGGAGCCUGAUCAGCGACGGGAUCCCCGGGCGGUCGGGCAAGUCGUGCCGGCUCAGGUGGUGCAAUCAGCUGAGUCCGGAUGUGCACCACCGGCCUUUUACUCCCGCGGAGGACGCUGCGAUCGUCGCGGCCCACGCGCAGUUUGGGAAUAAGUGGGCCGCCAUUGCCCGUCUGCUCCCCGGACGCACAGAUAACGCCAUCAAGAACCACUGGAACUCCACCCUUCGCCGCCGCCGCCGCCACGCCGCUGCCAACGCCACCGCCCCAGAUCUCGCUGGAGCCGAUGACUCCAACAAGCGUCUCUGCAUCAGGGACGAUGAUGGUGAUCCUGCCGAUGAGGAGGUGGAGGCAGCGGUGGUGGCAGCACGAAUCCCUCCACCGCCUCCGCCGCUGGUGAUCACGGCGGAUCCAGUAACAUCGUUGAGCCUCAGCCCGCCAGGCGAGGCAGCAAGUAGCAGUGGUGGGGCUGGUGAAGCCGAGAGGAGGUCGGAGGUGCCGGCGACGAUGACAGCGAUGCGGGAUAUGUGUUUCGUGACUAUAAUGAGACAGAUGAUUGCGGAGGAGGUGAAGAGCUACAUCAAUCAGCUUCGAAUGGAGGAUAAUGACGGCGAUUGUUGUCGUAAUUCUGUGGCUGUUAAAUCUGAGCCUGAAUUCAACGACGAGGAUUAGUUAGAUACAGAUUUUAUCUUUUUUGGUAAUCAAACUCUUAUUCUAUUAUCUGAUUGCUGAUCAGCAGAGUUAAAAAUAAUAGCCACAAUCAGUCCGACUUCACAGAAUUAUAAUGUACAUAAAAAACCAGCCUUUUUUGCUCUUUUUUUUUUCAUUAAUUUCAUAUCUCAUGGUGUUUUCAGAUAAACUAUUGUUUGACAUAUCAAUAGAUUUAUUUUUUUCUUUC